GACGGGAGGUCGGCGAUGGCUGCCCCGCAGGCGCACAAACGGCUGUUGGGGACUGGUGGGCCGCAGGCGCCAGGGCCUUUUCUGUCUGAGCUGUGAUUCCUGACUCCCGGGUUCUGAUUCACCGAACCUUUAUAUUUUAAAGUACCCAGAAAUGAAAAGAAAGGUAGGAAAUGCUGGCAAACUGAGAUUGAGUCCUAAUGAAGAAGCUUACAUUUUAAAAGAAGAUUAUGAAAGAAGACGAAAACUAAGAUUGCUGCAGGUUCGAGAACAAGAAAGGGAUAUCGCUUUUCAGAUAAGAGAAGAUAUAAAACAGAGGAGAAAUCAGCAAUUAGCUCGUUUGGCAGAGGAACUAAGGACAGAAUGGAAAGAAUCACAAACUCAGAAAAUAAAGAACUUGGAAAAACUUUAUUUGGCAAGUUUAAGAAAUAUGGGAGAGGGACACCAACAAGCCAAAGAAAAUGAACCUGAUUUGAAUGCUCUGGCACUGCGGGCAGCAGAAAGAAAAAGAAAAGCAGAAAUGAGGCAUAAAGAGGCUCUGAAAUUACAGAAAAAUCAAAAAGAAAAACUAAUGAAGCAAAAAACGUGGCACAUAACAGCUCGAAAGGAAGCACUACUUGUGGAAAAAGAGAGGUCUGCUAAAAUCACAAGUCUGCCACCACCACCUCCAGGUCUUUUUGAGAACAUUGAAUUAAAGAAAACUUCUCCUAUGAAAACUAGUAGUUCUACCUAUCAUCAUCUCCACACUUUUGUGAAUAGAGAGAUGGACACAAACCAGCCAGAUCCUCAUGUGGCUGCUGAAGAAGAAGAGAAAAGACUGAAAGAACGACAAAAACAAGCAGCACAAGAGAGAAUGGAACAGUGUGAGAAGGCGCAUGUGCGGGGCUUCCAGGCGCUGAAAAAGAUCCAUUUGGCUCAAACUCAGGAGAAACUGCUGAAAGAACUCAAACAGCUGCAGCAAGAUGACCUGGCACGUAGGAGGCAGACUGUGGCGCAGAUGCCACCACAGCUGGUUGAACUUCCGUACAAGCGCAGUGAGAUGAAAGAAGACUGGCAGAGAGAGCUGGAAUUCGCCUUCGAAGACCUGUAUAACGCGGACAGGACGGUGAAAGGAAACCUGAUUCUGCACCUUGAACCGGAACCUUUGCCCAUCGUGACUGAUCAGAUCCAAGAUGAAGAACUGGACCUUUCAGUGGAACAAGAAAAUUUAGCGGAAACUGAAAACAUUCCAGUGACAGAAGCAGAAACAAUAUGUUCUAAUGAAGCAGACGCUUCCUUAGCAAUGAAGACCCACCAGGUCCCUUCAAAAAUUCUUUUUAAAAAAUUAUUAAAUAAGAUCCGAAGCCAAAAAUCUCUCUGGACAGUUCAGUCCGUGUCUGAGGAUGAAAGCGAAGUGACUGCAACGGCUACUGAGACUGAGAGUAAAGCCCCAACAGUCGAAUCAGGAGCAAUUGCUGGCGAAGAAGGAACAUUAUCCUCUGAGCAGGAACAAGUUGCUGAAAGUGAAACUUUAACAGUUGACUCUGGACCACUUAGUAGUGAAGAGAAACCACUUUCACUGGAUACAGAAUAUGAAAAGGGACAAGCUGGUGCUAUCAUGGAAAUCGAAGAGCAGAAGCAAAAGCAGUUGGAAUUACUUGAACAAAUUGAACAACAGAAGUUACGAUUAGAAACCGAUUGCUUCAGGGCUCAACUGGAAGAAGAAAAAAGAAAAAGCACUCAGCAGACUGGGGUCAACACUGCUCCAACAUCACACACUGUGAAAUCUGAUGAAGAUAGUCACAGGCAGAUGAUUCGUAACUAUCAACGUCAGCUUUUACAGCAAAACAGGUUUCACAGACAAUCUGUGGAUAUAGCCAGGAAACGAUUACUCGAGUAUCAGACUAUGUUAAAAGGAAAGUACCCACCCGUGUUAGCCACUUUGUUGAUACCUGAUUCUGUUACGACAGUACCACCACAGAAAUCUGAAAGACCCACUGUUACAUCAGAGCCUUGGGACCAAGGUCAGAGACCCAAGUUGAGUCCUAACAAAUAUCAACCCAUACAGUCUGUACAGAUCUCCAAAUCAGAACAAGAUUAUUUUCAGGUUCCAAGACAAAGUCUCUUUCCACAAAGCCAGGUGGAAACAACAGACACAUUAGUCACUUCAGAUGUUUUAGCUAAGCAGUCUCUGAAAUCAGAGGAACAGCUUAAGCAGUUCUCACAGAGUGAAGUACAACAGAGAGACUAUAAAUUGGUUCAUAAAGAUUCUCAUACACUUUCAAAGCCUUUGUCACAUGAUAGGCCGCUAAUAUUACACGAUCCUAGAGAAAUAGCUCCAACAACUACGGCAGCAACUUCUCAAACUUUGGACUCCCAGCAAAGGUUCUCAGAGAACAAUCAAAGUAUGCCCUCUAAGCUGACUGAACAUUCUUCAUUCCAGCCACUGGCAGCUGAGCGUGCUUUUGGUUCUCUGCCUGCUACAGUUGAACCUGGAAAGAUCCAGGAACGCUUUUCAACCCUAAGCAAAAGUACAGUUCCCGUAAGUCGUUCUGUAAUCAGCCAAAUACAGGAUACGUCUUGGCCAUCCUCACAGAAUAUCGCAGCCCAGCAGGGUAAUUUGAAGGCUCUCCAAGAACAGUUAGACCUUCAGAAGGAAAUUCUUCGGUCAAGACAGGAAGCUCAGGAACAACUGCUUCUGCACAAACAGAAAGAGUUGGAAGGACAAACCGGCCUCUCGAUAUCCCUUCCAUUAGUAUCUCUGGAUUCAUUUGCCACGCUAUCUUCUGCCAGAGCUGAAUCAGGGAGCAUCCAGGAACCUUCUCCAAUCAGGGGUGACGCUGCAGUUUCCUCUGGCCAUCUUGGGGUCCCACGACUUCAGGAUAGGCUUUUGAGUGUCUCACAGCCCCUCUUAUCACAGCAAGAUCAUCUUAAAUUUCUCCAAGAGCAGUUAGAUAUUCAGAGGGACAGCCAGCGGCGGGCGAGGCGAGAAGCCCAGGAAGUAUUACACAAACAGAGUGAAUUGGAUGGAAGACUAUGGUCUGAGCAGACUGAACCCCCUUCUCUCCCAUCUCAGGUACCUCAGCAUACAUUUGCUUUUCUACCUUCUGCCAGCACUCAUUCUGGAAAAAUCCAGGAGCAGUAUUCAUCUGAGAGUGAGAAGGGACUUCUCUCAAGCCAGCCUGAAAUCCAGAAAUCUCAGGAUGGGUCUUUGAGUUUUCUGCAGCAGUUCCUACCUUUGCGUGACAGUAUGAAGUUGCUCCAAGAACAGCUGACGACACAGAAGGACACCUUUCAGACAAGGCAUGAAGCCCAGGCAGAGUUGCUUUUGCAGAGACCAAGGGACUUGGGAGACAGUACGUCUGGGCACAUGAGUUCUUCAUCACCACCAGUGGUUGCUCAGUGUUCAGUUGCUUCACAACCUUCUGCUAAAGCUGAGCCUAGAAUUUAUUCAUCUGAGAAGGAGAGUAGUAUUCCUUCAAGUCAUUUGGUAAGCCCAGCAUUUCGGGACCAGCCUUGCAGUUUGCCACAGUACAAGCUGCCACAACAAGAAAGUUUGACAGCACUUCGGGAACAGUUACACGUGCCAAGGGUGAUACUUGGUGCUAAACCAGAAACUCAGGAAUUUGUACACAAACAAAGUCAAUUAGAAAAAACAGUUUCUUCUGAACAGACUGACACCUCUGUGUCCCUGUCCCAGGUAGGGGACUCUGAAAGAUUCCAGGACUUUACGUCAGUCCAGAGUGAUAGUGCAGUUACUGUGAGCCAGCCUAAGAUCCUGAGAGUUCAGGACAGACUUCUGAGAUUUCCACAGCAUACACUACCUCUACAAGAUGGUUUGGAGGAACACCAGAAAUGGCUAGGCCCACGAAAGGAGGCCCUUGAUUUUAGCCAGAAAACCCAAGGAACUAUAUCUUCUGAACGAACUGACUCAUCAUUCAUACCCCAGUUAGGACAGCCUUCAUUUACUUCAUUACCUUCUGCUGAGUCUGGCACAACGCAGGAAGCCCUUUCGACAGAGAGUGAUAGUCAAGUUCUUCAAAGCCAUUUUCAGAUCCCACAGCUGCAGGACAGGCUUUUGAGGAUAUCACAACUUAUCCAGCCUCAACAAGAUAAUUUGAAGGCUCUUGGAGAAAGGUUAGCUACACAGAGAGAAGCUAUCAUUCAGUCUAGACAGGAAGCUCAGGAAGAAUUCCUUUUGCAUAAACAGAGUGAGUGGAAGGAAAGAAUGUCUCCCGAUCAGGUCGGCGCCUCUUCCUUCCUGCCCCCAGUUGUACAACACUCAUUUGCUUCCUUACCCCUUAGUGAAUCUCAAAGAGUCCAAGAACCGUGUUCAACUAAGAGUGAUAAUACAGAUUCCUCAAGAUGCUUUGAGAUACCAAGAUUGCCUGAUAGGUUUUUAGAUUUAUCACACUCUGCUCUAACCCAACAAGAUCACCUGAGUGCCCUUCAGCAAGAACACCUGUAUGCACAAGAAAAUUCCCUUCCAUGCAGCAAGAAAACCCAGAAAGAAUUGGUUUGGCCCAGACCAUGUAAAUUUGAGGAAAAGUUACCUGCUGACCAUUUUAUCCAAUCUCACCGGGGUGAUUUGGAGGCACUUCAGCAGCAGUUAGAUGUGCAGAGGAUAUCCAUUCGAACUAGACAGGAAGUCCAAGAAGAAUUACUUUUGCAAAGACUAAGUCAGUUGGAGAAAAGGGUAUCAUGUGAGCAGACUGGCUCUUCAGCCUUACCCCAGGUGGUGCCACCUGUUGCUGAUUCUGAAAGAUUCCAAAAGCCGUUUGCAACCAGAUGUACUGGCACUGUUGGCGCAGGUCAUCCUGAGGCCCCAGCACCCCAGGAUAGACCUUUGACUUCACCGCAGCCUGUUCUGCCUCAGCAAGACAGUUUGACGGCACAGUUGGACUUACAAAGGGAAAGGGUGCCUCCUGAUGAGAAAGUCCAGGAAGAACUGCUGUUAAACAAACAAACAAAGUGGACUGAAAGCGAGCAUACACUUCCCUCUUUGUUUUUACCGCAUGAAGGAGAGCCUUCAUUUAUUCCACUGCCUUUCGCUGAAGUUCAAUCUAAAAAGAGUUAUGAAUUGUACCCCUCAGAGAAUGAACAUGCAGCUCCCUCAAGCGAUUCUGUGAUUCCCAGAUUUCAAGAUAGACUUUUGAGUUUUUCACCACCCAUCUUAACUCGGCAAGAUAACCUGGAGCUUCAGAGGCAGCUGGAUCUACAAAAGCAAGCUCUGCAGUAUAGCCAGAAAGCCCAGCAAGAGCUGCUUGUACAGAGACAGACAACACUGCGGCAGCAGAUACAGAAACAUCAGGAGAUUUUGAAGGAUUUCUUUAAAUACAGCCAGGUAAGUAGUGAGCCCACAGUUGAAAAUGAUGUCAAAAGUCAGAAGCUGGGAGAGUGGCUUCCUCAUCCCCAAGACCCAGAAGGAGAUGAUCAGAAGCACUUUAGGCCUGUGACUAGGAGCACCUCUGAUGACAAGCAGCUGCUUUCAGAAAGUAGUGCCAGGCAGAGUGGCAAGCAUCUGGACAAAGAACUGGAUAGGAGGUCCUCAAAGCCACCUGUAGCAAAAGUUAAAUGUGGAUUGGAUUUGAACCAACAUGAACUUAGUACUAUACAAGAAGUAGAAUCACCUACAAGUGGCAGAACUUCUAUAUUAGGUAAACGAGAUUCUAGUCAAGAAAGGGACCCCCUGAGGGUCUCGAUAAGCCGAGAACAAAGUUUCUUUGGGAGCCCACUGGACUGUGAUGCAUUUGGUUGUCUUUACCCAGUUGCCCAGGAGAAUGUUUGUGGUGUUAACUCCAGUGAAGCAGUUAAAGUCAGGGAGGCCGUGGCUGACAACCACGCGGCAUUAAGUUACGCUGUGGAGGAAGAAGAUCCAUAUCUGAGGCCACCUGUGAAGCCGGAUAAUGCUGAAACAGAAGAGAUUUAUCAUGAGCCAUUAUCGUCCAUAACUGUUUCUACUGGGAGCUUUUUAAGUAAUGAAAACACAGAUUUGAGCCUUACAGAUGCAGGGUCCUUUUCAGAGCAUGCGGACCACGGGGAACAAGAACCUACCACCGGUAAAGAAGAGGAAACGAAUGUGUUAAGUUUUGUAGUUCCUGCAUCACAAGUCACUGAUCAGAGGCAGGACUCUGGGGAAGUUCAUAAACCAGUGUCGCCUGCAGUGGAAAAUUUCACAUCUGAUCAGACACAGCUUCAGCAGAUGAUAGACAAGCACAUAAAUGAAGCAAAUUUGAUGACUGAGAAAAUAGACUUGCAGGUUGACCUUGACUUUCCGGAAUUGGAACACACUUUUCCAAAUUUGCAUCGUCAGCUAUUUAAGCCCUUAGAACCACAUCCAGAUUUUGACACAUUAUCAUCGUACUCUGGGAUUUCUCAAGACAGCCGAGACUUCUACCAGAACUCAGAGUCUUCAUGUGAAAGCUUCCCUGCUACCAUUUCAUCCAGAAGCUCAGUUUCCCUUACAGCACUGAGAACCAGCGGGAGGCCUUCUAGUGCAAGUCCCAACCAGCAACCUGACGCGCACGCGGCUGCGGCCCAGACUUUAGCUACAGAAAAUAUGACUGAAGGCUCUGAACAGUCUUUUCAACAGCUUCUGCCAGAAUUUUCCUCACAGGAUGGGGGCCAGCAUGCUGAUCUACCAAGCAUGUUUAGCAUUGAGGUAAGAGAUUCUUUCCAAAGCAUGGAAAAUCAGAACUAUGCUGAACAGACUAAAUUACAAAAUAGGGGGGGGAAUGUUCAUUUCCAGAUCAUUUUCUUAGGAAAUUUACAAAAUUCAGUCUUCAGUUCAUCUGAUGAGGCUAAUGUUUUUCAUCACUUACAUCUACAGCAUAGCACUCCCUGUGGUUCUGUCUUUAGUGAGUGCUCAGUAAAAGCCCAACCAGAAAGCAGAAAAGAAAGACCGGCUUCUGAAGAACUAUCAGAAAGAGGGAUUGAUACAGGGCUACAAAGUCAAGGACUCAAUGGAGACAAAAAGGAAACCUGUGAGGUUUUAAAUGCAAAUUCACACGUAGAGGAAAUUGAUUCUCAAUUGUGUCGGAGAACAGUGGAGAUGGGAACUUCAGAUCAAGCACCAUAUUCUGUUCAGGAUGAAAAAUAUUUUGAGAAUUCAACUAAAGCAGAAACUCCAGAAAUCCCAAGAAACCAAUCUCAACUAGCACCAUCAGAGCUCUUUUUAAGUUCGGGAUCAUUACAGAGUUCUAUUCCAAUUUGGGAGACAGAGUCUGGACAUGGUAUAAUGGAAGAACCAGAGCUUACUUUAGUAAGCACCAGUGAUAUUAGUACUGCUGAAAUGGAGUUUGCAAAUUUAACCCUAGAAGAAAAUAAAGAAAAUGAGGCAAAAAGCAGUUUUCAGGUGAAUGAAUGUCUGCCUCUUCAAUCAGAAGAAACCUCAGAUUAUCCGGCUGUCUCAGAACACUGUGUGGAGGAGCCAGGGACAGUUCUGACAGAAACCCCACUGAAGUUAAGAGCUAUACCUGGGAGCUUACAAGAAGCAUUUAUAAAAAGGAAAAAGUCAUUUAUAGAGAGAUCUUCACAGAGACAGAAAGAAAUAAAGAAUAAAACUUACAGUUCUGAGAAGUCUCAAAUCAAAAUAGUUAAGGAGAAACCUACAGGCUCAUCUGUGAGUCGCCUGAAGGGUGUGAAUAAGGUUAGAGUGUCACUUCCUGAAGACAGAAAGACUGCACAAGCCCUCAUGCGUCAACAGGCUCUAAGAUUAUACAAUCAGUUAGCUGAAGUGAAACAGCAAAGGGAAGAGAAAGCAAAGCAAGAUGCAUAUGCCCAAAACCGGGCAAGAGCAAAAGAAUUUCAUAAGAAAACACUAGAGAAACUUCGAGCCAAAAAUACAUGCUGACUUUCUACAAAAAGUGUAGUUUUUUUAAAAAUUAUGUGUAAUGUAACAUAGGCAAAGUUAUUUAAAGUCAAUAAAUUUUUAUUUAAGAAUUUUAA